UUUCAUUCUUGUCAUCUUAAAGCCAGUCUCCGUGAUCCUACCCAGGAUAUGCAUACUUUCACGCUUCUUUCUUUUCUUUUCUUUUCUUUUUCCCUUUCUAUUUUAUAUCAUUAAAAAGUUGAACCCUAUAUAUAUCCCAACAUAAAUAGAAACAAUAGCAGUAAACUACUGCUUUCAAUACAUAGAAAACCCUGGUUCUCAACCCUAUUUCCUCUCAUUUAAUUUUUCCUUCAAAACAAAAUAAAAAUUAAAAAAAUCUCACCAACCCAAUUCUAGAUUUCAGUUUUCAAGUUCAAUCUUGGUAAAAAGUUGAGGAUUGAAGGUGGAUCGAAGGCAUGGAAGACCACUUCCAGUGGAAGCAUCGGAAAAGGAAGAAGAAGAAUAUAACUUCCCUUCUGAAAGAGAUACUUCAACUAUGGUUUCAGGGCUCACAAGAAUUAUGAGUGCCCCUCAUCAAGAAGAUCAGCAUCACCCUUCUACUCAAACACAGCAAGAUCAAGGAUCUGUGAGGAAACAUUAUAGAGGAGUGCGACAAAGGCCAUGGGGGAAAUGGGCAGCAGAAAUACGCGAUCCCAAAAAGGCAGCUCGAGUUUGGCUUGGUACCUUCGAGACAGCUGAGGAUGCUGCCCGUGCAUAUGACGAUGCUGCUCUUAGGUUCAAAGGCACCAAAGCUAAGCUCAAUUUCCCAGAACGUGUUCAUGGGAACACGGAAUUGCGAUAUAUAAGCAGUGAUGGAGGUAGCGGUUCGAGCAGUUUUCUAGUUGAUCAUCAGCAGCAGCAGCAGCAAGUUGAUCAAGUUGCUUAUAAUAAUUAUGAUCCCAUAAUGUCACAGAACACUUUUCCCGGGCUUCAACAAUAUGCACAAUUGCUUCGUAGCAGUGAUGCAGAUUUCCCUUAUUUCACUUCAGCUCUCUAUAAUCAAGGAGGAAGCCAUUCCACCUCUCAGAUACCAGACUAUUCCACCGUUAGUAGCUCUGGCUUAGUGCCUCACCACCACCAGCACCACGAGCAACGGCAACAAGAUUUUCAGAAUAUUCCGUCCGAGUUUCAAGGGUUUUCUGGUUUGGAUUUUACUUCAAAAUAUGGAAAUGAUUUUGACUCUAACAGUCCAAAUCACGAGUAAUUAAAAUCAUGCAGUGGCUGAGUUAGUUUAUUUGAUCAGAAUUCAGAAGCUUUCAUUAAUUAGUAUAUCAUGAUCACUUUGCAAGUUUGCUUGAAAUAUCCGAGAUGUACUUCGCUUGCCACCAAUAUUAUUUUUUGUAUCAACAUGUAUACUAUUCCUAUUAAUCUAUUUGUACAAUUAUUGUUUACACCUUUGUUGACUGAUGAUGAGGUGAUAUGCAAUUUGGUUGCCAUUUGUCAA